GUCAAAAAUAACCGAGCGAAAACAUUAUAAGUCCUUCUCUUUCCCUCAUUACUCUCAGAUUUCACUCGCAUCCGAGAACGGCGCGUCUCUUCCAAUAAACCACCAAGAAAACGACGUCGUCAAAAUCAGAAAAAAUUUGUUAGGUCAGAAAAACCGAACCCAAUUUGCUCCAUCGACAACCCAAGCCUAAAAGCAAAUAUUUUUAUUUCUAGAUGGCAUUACAAGAGAAAUUAGAUAGAUUCAAGAAGCAGCAAGAGAAGUGCCAAUCGACCCUCACAAGUAUUGCUGCAUCUAACAAGGCCACAACCCAUAAAUCCAUGCCAGUACCAGCAGCAUCUUCAGUUGCAAGAGCCCCUGGUCCUGCAGUCAAAUUUUCAAAUGAUACAGAGAGACUUCAGCAUAUCAACAGUAUCCGGAAAGCCCCUGUAGGGGCCCAAAUGAAGCGUGUUAUAAAUCUUCUACUGGAGACAAGGCAAGCCUUUACCCCGGAACAAAUUAAUGAAGUCACUUAUGUUGAUAUCAAUGCCAACAAAGCUGUAUUUGAUAGUUUGAGGAAUAACCUGAAAGUCAACUAUGAUGGGAAGCGUUUCUCUUACAAGUCCAAGCAUGAUUUGAGGGACAAGGAACAACUUCUUUACUUAAUAAGGAAAUUCGUAUGGGGCAUUGCUGUCAUUGAUCUUAAGGACGCAUACCCUACUGUGAUGGAAGACUUGCAGGCUUUGAAAGCUGCGGGUCAGAUAUGGCUGCUAUCAAACUUCGAUUCACAGGAAGACAUUGCUUACCCAAAUGACCCCAGGGUGCCCAUCAAAGUGGAUGAUGACCUUAAGCAGCUAUUUCUGGGGAUUGAAUUGCCUCGUGAUAUGAUUGACAUCGAGAGGGAUCUUCAAAAGAAUGGGAUGAAGCCUGCCACCAACACUGCUCAGAGGAGGGCCAGUUCAGAGGUUCAAGGCAUGUCCUCCACGCCCAAGCCAAAGAAGAAAAAGCACGAGAUCACCAAGAGGACAAAGCUGACUAAUGCCCAUCUUCCAGAGCUUUUCCGACACCUAGAUAAAAAAUCUUGAUGUAUUGAACAACGGAUUGAAGCUCAAUUGUAGGAUGGAUACAACAUGCUCUUAUGCUAGUUGCAUGGGUUAUGUAGAAGGGAAGUGUUCCUAGCAGCUUAACUCUAAAUUGAUGGCUCUUGCUAGAGUUGUACACAACAGUUCAUUGCUGUUUUAUACGUCUGUUCUUGUAUUAUUGUUAUUAUUAUUAUUAUUCAAGCCCAAUAACAAAGGAAUUUAUUGCCUGGUUCUGAAGUUAAA